GAUGGGGCCGCCCGGGGGCGCAAGUCUGAAGUUGGGACGUCGCGCAGCCCGGCCCUGCAGCCGAGCCCGACAUGCUGCCGCCGGAGUGCAACGGCACCGCGUCCCUGGGACGGUUGGGGCUGCAGCAGCCGGCGCAGGGGGACGCCAUGGUGGGAUCGGCGGGGGCGCUGCCGCUGGGGUCCGCACAGGUGGUCACCGCCAGCCUCCUGACCCUGCUCAUCAUCUGGACCCUGCUGGGCAACGUGCUGGUGUGCGCGGCCAUUGUGCGCAGCCGCCACCUGCGAGCCAAGAUGACCAAUAUCUUCAUCGUGUCUCUGGCCGUGUCCCACCUCUUCGUGGCGCUGCUGGUCAUGCCCUGGAAGGCGGUCACCGAGGUGGCAGCUUACUGGCCCUUUGGGGCAUUUUGCGACGUUUGGGUGGCCUUCGACAUCAUGUGCUCCACUGCCUCCAUCCUGAACCUGUGCAUCAUCAGCGUGGACCGCUACUGGGCCAUCUCCAGGCCCUUCUGCUACGAGCGCAAGAUGACCCAGCGUGUUGCCUUGGUCAUGGUCGGCCUGGCUUGGACUUUGUCCAUCCUCAUCUCCAUUCCAGUCCAGCUCAACUGGCACAGGGACAACUCAGGCUCCUGGGGUGGGGUGGACCUGCCAUCCAGCUUGGCCAACGGGACGCCCUGGGAGGAAGCCGGGAAGCUGGAGGUGAGGGCGGAGAACUGUGACUCCAGCCUGAACGGCACUUACGCCAUCUCCUCCUCUCCCAUCAGCUUCUAUCCGGUGGCCCUCGUGAUCGUGACCUACACGCGCAUCUACUGCAUUGCCCAGGCGCAGAUCCAUGGGAUUUUGUCACUGGAGAGGGCUGUGGGGCAUGUGCAGAGCUGUCGCAGAUGCGCUGUCUGUGCGCCUGACACCAGCCUGCCAGCUUCCAUCAGGAAGGAGACCAAGGUCCUCAAGACCCUGUCGGUGAUCAUGGGGGUCUUCGUGUGCUGCUGCUGGCUGCCCUUCUUCAUCCUUAACUGUGUGGUUCCUUUCUGCAGCAGACACCCUGAGGGCCCGCGGGCCGGCUUCCCGUGCGUCAGCCAGAUGACCUUCCACGUCUUCAUCUAGUUGGGCUGGGCCAACUCCUCUCUCAACCCUGUCAUCUAUGCCUUCAACGCUGACUUCCAGAAGGUGUUUGCCCAGCUGCUGGGGUGCAGCCAUCUCUGCCCCUGCACCCCGGUGGAGACAGUGAACAUCAGCAAUGAGCUUGUCUCAUACAACCAAGACACCGUCUUCCACAAGGAGAUCGCAGCUGCCUACGUCCACAUGAUCCCCAAUGCGGUGACCCCCAGGGUCAGCGAGAUGGACAAUGAGGAGGAGGAGGAGGGCCCUUUAGAUCGAAUGCGCCAAAUCUCUCAGACUUCCGCAGAUGGCGACCAUGCUGCAGAAUCUGUCUGGGAGCUGGACUGUGAGCGGGAGAUUUCAUGGCAAAUAACUCCUUUCACCCCAAAUGGAGUCCAUUAA